AUUAUUAUCAUUACAACUUUGAGAAAUCACCAAACUUCAUCACAAGGUAAGCCUUAACUUGGAAUCCUGAAGGGAAGUGAAAAAGAAAAAGAUCAAAGAACACAUUACGUCGAGAAAUAGAAGCAGAUAUGAAAAGGAUGAAUAACAACUGGAAAGAGCUAGAAAUGAUUGCUCAGGACAGGGUUGGAUGGAGAAUGCUGGUGAGCAACCUAUGUUCCUCCACGAGGAUUCAAGGGGUAUAAGUAAUCUACUAUAUCUACUUGUUCAAAAGAUAGUCAAUAUAAUACGGAAUUCCUACGAUGGAUUAAACUGCAAAAUUGUGCAUGGAGGACAAUUGACAAGGUCGUUCGAAGUAAAGAACGGUGUCAGGCAAGGUUGCUUACUCUCACCCUUUCUCCUCCUCCUGGUGAUCGACUGGAUCAUGAAGACGUCAACAUCUGAAGGGAAGCACGGGAUACAAUGGACAGCUAGGAUGCGGUUGGACGAUCUAGACUUCGCAGAUGAUCUGGCCCCCCUAUCGCAAUCGCAACAACAAAUGCAGGAGAAGACGAUCAGCGUAGCAGCAGCCUCAGCAGUAGUAGGUCUCAAUAUACACAAAAGCAAAAUUCUCCGAUACAACACAACAUACACCAAUCCAGUCACAAUUCACGGAGAAGAUUUGGAAGAUGUAAAAACCUUUACAUAUUUGAGCAGCAUCAUCGAUGAACAGGGUGGAUCUGGUGCAGACGUGAAGGCGCGGAUCGGCAAACCAAGAGCAGGAUAUUUACAACUUAGGAAUAUCUGGAACUCAAAGCAACUGUCAACCAACACCAAGGUCAGGAUUUUCUAUACAAAUGUCAAGACAGUUCUACUGUCUACUGGGGCGGAAACCUGGAGAACUACGAAAGCCAUCAUCCAGAAAAUGCAAGUGUUUAUUAACAGUUGUCUACGCAAAAUACUUCGGAUCCGUUGGCCAGACACUGUUAGCAACAACCAGCUGUGGGAGAGAACAAACGAGAUCCCGGCGGAGGAAGAGAUUAGGAAGAAGCACUGGAAGUGGAUAGGAUACACAUUGAGGAAAGCAACCAACUGCGUCACAAGACAAGCCCUCACAUGGAAUCCUGAAGGCCAAAGGAAAAGAGGAAUGCCAAAGAACACAUUAAUCCGGGAAAUGGAGAUGAGAAAAAUGAACAAGAAUUAGAUGGAACUAGAAAAGAAUGCCCAGGACGUAGUGGGUUGGAGAAUGCUGAUCGGCGGCCUAUGCUCCAUUAGGAGUAACAGGCGUAAGUAUAUUUAAUGUGACAAUUUGAAAUCUGGUUUUAGAUGUUUGAUCAAUAUAACUGGCAAACUUCAGAAGAUUGCGAUUCAGUUGUUAAUUAUUCACCUUGAAAGACUUUAGUGUAUCUAAUUGACUCCCUGUAUCAACGAGAUGUCUCGAGAUGGUCCUGCUGAAUGCUUCUAAUCCGCUUGACCUUAGACGUUUUGGAAUACAUUCAUUAAGUUUUCAUUAAAUCGUCGUCAUUUUCCUUAAUUCAUAAUUUUGAUUCGAAUUAACCGUUUUCAACUUAUUCUUUAUUACCACUAAUCGGUUUCCAGUUACUUCAUUACACAAUCAUCUAAAGUUUGCUAUCUCUAUGACUUGUAAUCACUAGAGUUGAUGCUCUGGAACUUUCCCUCUCGGACUAAAUUUAUCUGAGACAAAAUUUUUAUGACCUUCUUAACUGUAUUGAAAUUUUUGGUACAUUCUGAUACACUUAUUCAUCUCUAAUUACCUUCGCAUUUAUAAUCAUGUCGAUUUCUAUGAUGACGUCGAUUGUGAAAAUCUUAUAUGUUGUAAGCAGCUGAUGAGAACCUAAUGAAAC